AUGGCAGACCCAGUGGCUCGAGCUCGCGAGAUCGCAGCACGUCUAGCGGCUGCUGCAAUUCCAGGUGGUGACGCUCUAGGCAAGCGCAAAAGCCGUUGGGAGGGUGACGUAGACAGCGGUGCACGACCGGCGCCUGGACUAGGUGAUAAGAAGCGCAAAAAAGUGUAUGUGCCAGUCGAUCAGUAUCCGGAAAUCAACUUUAUUGGACUGCUGAUUGGCCCUCGUGGGUCCAAUCAGAAGCGCAUGGAAGAUGAGACGGGCGCUCGGAUUUUGAUCCGUGGCCAGGGAUCGUCCAAAGACCCGACGGGGGACCCGGACGAGAACGAGGAACUUCACGUACUGAUUACUGCCGACACUGACGAGGCGCUGGCGAAAGCUCAGAGUGCAGUGGAGGACAUUCUGUUCAAUCCACAGCAAGCAAUGAAGCUGAAACAGGAGCAGCUUCGCAAGGUGGCAGAACUCAACGGCACGUUGAUUGAUAAUUACAGCGGUGCAAGACCUGGAGACGGGGACGGUCACUCGGGUGGCGUACCCGGCAACGACUCUUCUCAGUACGGGCCUGGCAAUGACGGCGACUCGUCGUCGAUUGAUAUGAAGGUGCCACGUGAUCUCGUUGGUUACAUUAUUGGACGUGGUGGGGAGACCAUUCGUGAUCUGCAGAUGAAAAGUGGUGCGCACAUUCAGAUUGUUCGUGAAGAAGAAGGAGCACCGCCCACGCCCGAUCGUUUUGUGAACAUUACGGGUACUCAAGGUGCACUGAACUUGGCGCAACAACUGGUUCAGAACCUGAUUGAUGAGCGGCAUCAGAGCCAAGGUGCCGGUGGGGGUUUUCGCGAGCGUGAUGAUCGGGACCGCAUGGCACGUUAUGGUGGCAUUAACCCUGAUGGCACGGAAUCGGUGGAGAUUCUGAUUCCGAACGAGCGUGUGGGACUCAUUAUUGGGCGUGGUGGCUGCACGAUUAAGGCUAUUCAGCAGCGCACUGGUACAAGCGUCACGAUUCCGCAGACCCCAGACCCGAACCAUCCCGAAAUGCGUCUGAUUACAAUUCGCGGUACGAUGGAGGCGAAAGAGGCCGCGAGGUUUGAGAUUCAAUCCAUGGUCAAUGAGGAGCCAGGACAGCGUCAAAGUUUCGGCAUGGCUUCGGGCCAAACUAUAUACAUGCAGGUGCCUAAUGACCGUGUGGGUGUCAUUAUUGGCAAGCGGGGAGAAAUGAUUAAGGGUAUUCAGGACCGCCAUGCUGUGCGCAUUCAGAUUCCACAGGUGCCGGACCCGGGCUCAAAUCCACCUGUGCGCACUAUUUCCAUUCAAGGUCCACCGCAGAAUCUAGCGGGUGCAAAGGAGGAAGUGGACGCAGUAAUCUUGCAAGGAAUAGGUGGUCACGGGUAUGAUGGCGGUGGUGGUGGGCAGUACGGAAGUGAUAGCAAUUAUGGUGGAUCCAGGGGUUUUGUCGGACAGUCUGGAGGCUACGACCAGCAGCAGCAAUACGCGAGUUACGGAGCGCAGGGUCAGCAGGAUCAGUACGCUUCGUACUAUCAGCAACAAGGUCAGGCGGGUCAGUAUUAUCAGCAGGAUGUACCAGUUGCGGGAUUGACAGCAGAAGCAGCUGCGGUAGGAGAUCAAUCGGCGGCAUCGACAGCUACAGUAGACCCGAAUGACCCGAAUACGUACUGGAACGGUUACUACGAGUACGCAGCGUACUACGGCGUGGACGCCGCGAAUGCCGCUUGGGGUGUGACUGGUGCCGCAGCGCAAGCUAGUGCUGAGGCUUACCAGCAAUACCAGCAGCAGGUUGACGCCAGUGGCAGUGCUGAGGCUCCACCCGCUGCUGCCCCAGGGGCCCCUGGCGAUGCUUCCGUCACGACUUCCUCUACCAUUGAAUCAACUGCGCCUUCGGGUACAGGUAACAGUGGGGCUGAGACAUCGACUGUUUCGACGAGUGCAGGCACACAGAGUUAG